AUCACAAUUUGUUCUUGUUUAAUUUCCCAUCACAUUCAUGUUCCUGUGGAUAUAUUUUAUAUUCCGUCAUGUUCUCAUUUUCUUCACGUCGCUCCUCCAUCCUGGAUUUCACAAUCACAUACCCCCAGUCUAUAUAUACACAUGGAUCCAUCAUUCGUAUUAUCCAACAUCAGAUCUUCCAAUCAAUUUCAAAUACUCCUUUUGUUUUCUUUCACCUAGCUAUACCUACCUAUCUAGUACUAAGAGAAGCCAAACAAUGCCUUCACUAGUCUCCGGGGAAAUCCAAGCCAAAGAUGCUGCCGAGUCUCUAAGCCUGAACCCAAUUUUUAGUGCCUCAGGAGUGAAGGGAAAGCGAGUUACCGCAUUGACCAAAGAAUGUGACAUGUCUCAUCUCAUUGAAUCCAUCAUUGCUGACAAACCAGACAUGGAUUCUUCAUUCAGCGUGCUUGAUCUUGGGGUAGUCAUGGAACUCAUGGACAAGUGGGUCACCAAGUUCCCCACCGUUCAGCCUUUCUACGCCGUCAAGUGCAACCCCGACAUCUCCCUCAUCGGCGCCCUCGCCGCACUAGGCUCCAGCUUCGACUGCGCCAGCAAAGCUGAGAUCCAAAUCGUCUUGUCCCUCGGCAUCUCACCGGACCGCAUUGUCUACGCCAACCCGUGCAAAUCCGAGUCCGACAUCAAGUAUGCCGCAACCGUCGGCGUCAACCUCGCAACCUAUGACUCCGUGUACGAGGUUGACAAGGUACAAAAGUGGCACCCGAAAUGCGAGUUGCUCCUCCGCAUAAAGUAUGACAGUGAAGGAGCAUUGGCAUCGCUCGGCGUCAAAUACGGCGCGCUCCCUGAGGAAGUCCCGGAGCUUCUCAAAGCCGCUGAGGCGGCAGGCGUAAAUGUGACUGGCGUGUCGUUCCACAUUGGCAGCGGGGGAGCCGACCCGCUAGCCCUCUCCGGAGCUAUCGAAGCCGCCAAGAGCGUCUUUGAGAUGGCAAGCCAUUUCGGAAUGUCCAGGAUGUCUAUCCUCGACAUCGGGGGUGGGUUCACCUGCGGACCAGAGCUGGACGUUGCGGCCACGAAGGUGAAGGCUGCAAUUCUAGCCCACUUCGGAGACCACCAGGGUCUCGUGGUUAUCGCAGAGCCUGGUCGUUACUUCACGGAAACGGCGUUCACGUUAGUUAGCAGGGUUAUUGGGAAACGAGUUAGGGGAGAGUUGAGGGAGUAUUGGAUCAAUGAUGGAGUUUAUGGAUCUAUCAGUAACAUAAUAUAUGACCACGCUACCAUUAGGUGCGCACCACUAAGGCAAAAGAAUCUCACGUGCGUGGAUGCGAAGACCUACCCUACCACCGUGUUCGGACCCACAUGCGAUUGCAUUGACAUUGUUCUCAAGGAUUACCAGCUACCAGAACUGCAGGUGAAUGAUUGGCUUGUGUUCCCGAAUAUGGGAGCUUAUACUAUUUCUUCAGGGACUAACUUCAAUGGGUUUACUUCAGCAGUCAAACAUGUCUAUCUCGCAUGUUCUGAACAAUCCUAAACUAAUGAUGUUGUGAAACCAAAAUAAUAAUGGCACUGGUGGUCUUGUAACUUUAGUGAUCUCUCUUCUAUGUAUGUUUUGUAUUGUAUUCAAUUGAAUUCAACUACACAUUGAAUUCAAUGGAGUAAGCUUUGGUGUCUUGAUGUAUAUUUUCCGUUUGCCUUGUUACAAACGGGAAAUCAAACACCUAUAUGAUAAGAAAUAAAAUUUUGUUUUAGUGUUUUA